GUGCAGCAAAGCCAUGCGCCAACUUGCCCCGCCCAUUGCUCCGCCUCUUAGUUAUACUCAUCGCUCAAUUUUCGAGGAAGCAUGACUGAAAAGCAGCCUCUACUGUCUCAGCCAAAGGCUGAGCCAUCAUUUCCGGUUAUGAGCUUACCGCCCAGCACCGAAGGCGUGCCUCAGGGCCUCGAAUAUUUGACGCAAGUCGACCAGCUGCUCGUCCACCAGCUCGUGCAAAUCGUGCAAGUUCUCACCGGGUUUGAAACCGAAAACAAAUACGUCAUUAAGAAUUCGAUGGGACAGCAAGUCUACUACGCAGCAGAAAUGAGUGACUGCUGUGAGCGUCAGUUUUGUGGUCCUAAACGUUCCUUCUCUAUGUCUAUUGUCGACAAUCUCGGUCGUGAAGUGAUACACCUGGAGAGGCCUUUCCGAUGUGGAGGCUGCUUGUGUCCUUGCUCUCUCAACGUCUUGGAAGUGCAAGCACCAGCAGGCACCGUGAUUGGUUACGUCAAUGAAAAGUAUACGUGUUUCAAUCCUCAGUUCCACGUUUCUGAUGCAACCGGAUCACAACAGAUGUUCAUACAAGGGCCUUGCUGGUACUGCAAAUGCUGCAGUGAUGUAGAUUACCAGAUUUUGAAUCAAGAAAAUGGAGUGCAAGUCGGCACUCUCACAAGCCAAUGGAGUGGCUUCUGUCAGGAAACGUUCACAGGAACUGGCAAUUUCUCUGUAACGUUUCCUAUGGACUUGACGUGGCAAAUGAAAGCCACACUCUUGUCUGCUGCCUUUCUUGUGGAUUUCAUGUAUUACGAACAGAACAAGAAAAGAAAAUGAACGGUUGUUGCAUGACUUGUAUUGACUGCAGUCGUUGCCCCUUUCUUAUGUCUAGACUGUGUUUGCUCUUUGAUAGAAGUGUAAGUGAAGCUUUUGUACUUUAGUGUCUUUGCUAGAUUAGUGAACAGGAUCAAUCUAGCAGCAACCUAACGGUAUUUCAGUCUGUUUUUGUUUGCUAACAUUUUAUAAAAAAAAAAGUAAAUAAAUACCCAAAUAUUUAC